AUGGCCUCUCUCGCCUACUUGGUGCACCGCUGCUCGGCUCAAGCUGGUCCGAUCACGACGCUCAACAUCGUCGAUGCUGCGGUCACUCCCGACGGAUACACUCGUCAGGCCGUGCUGCCCAACGGGACGUUUCCGGGACCCUUGAUCAUUGGCAACAAGAAUGACAACUUCCAGAUCAACGUGAUUGACCUACUUACCAACGAGACUAUGCUCACGGGCACCACUGUCCACUGGCAUGGCCUCUUUCAGCACUCGACGGCUUAUGCCGACGGGACAGCGUUUGUCACGCAAUGCCCGCUUACACCGAACAACUCCUUCCUGUACAAUUUCACUGCAACUGGACAAGCCGGGACAUUCUGGUACCACAGUCAUUACAUGACUCAGUAUUGCGACGGACUCCGUGGCCCUCUGGUCAUCUACGAUCCGGAGGAUCCGUAUCUAUCGUCAUACGAUGUCGACGAUGAAUCUACGGUAAUCACGCUUGCUGACUGGCUGCACAUUGCUGCGCGCCUUGGACCUAGGUUCCCGACACCUAACGCUACACUCAUCAAUGGUCUUGGCAGAUACACCGGAGGCCCGGCUGAGUGGCCUUUAUCAGUGAUCACAGUGGAGCAAGGCAAGAGGUAUCGGUUCCGGCUGCUCAACAUGGCGUGCGAGCCCAACUACAACUUCACCAUCGACAGUCACAAUUUCACCAUCAUCGAGGCGGACGGCGAGUACACUGAACCGCUCGAGGUUGACUUCAUCCAGAUCUUCGCGGCUCAACGAUACUCGAUCAUUCUGAACGCGACUCAAGCCGUGGAUAACUACUGGAUCAGGGCAAACCCGAGCGUCGCGCUCCCCGAUGGACAAGGCUUCGCUGGUGGCAUCAAUUCGGCCAUUUUGCGCUAUGUUGGCGCUCCAGAUUCCGAUCCCACGACUAAUCAAACUCCCAGUGUGAUCCCGCUAAACGAGUCGAACUUGCACGCCCUGGUGGACCCUAUUGCCCCUGGUCAACCCUUCCCAGGAGGCGCGGACGUGAACAUCAACCUUGACUUCACUUUUAAUGCGACUACACAGCUCUUCUAUGCGAACAAUGUGUCCUAUGCGUCGCCUUCGGUUCCUGUUCUUCUCCAGAUUCUGAGUGGCACCCCUGGUGCGCUCGAUCUCAUGCCCGCAGGAAGCGUGUACUAUCUGCCGCCCAACAAGAGCAUUGAGAUAUCGUUCCCCGCGCUCCCUGCGGCCACUCCGGGAGAGCCCCAUCCCUUUCACCUGCACGGCCACGCGUUCUCUGUCGUGCGGAGCGCCGGUCAGGUUACACCCAACUACGUGAACCCUGUUCGUCGCGAUACCGUGAGCAUUGGAGAAGUCGGAGACAAUGUCACGAUUCGGUUUGAGACCAACAACCCAGGGCCCUGGUUCCUUCACUGUCACAUCGACUGGCAUCUUGAGGCUGGAAUGGCUGUGGUCAUGGCAGAGGACGUGCCUGACAUCCCUAAAGACGUCGUCCCGUCUAAGUCUUGGGAUCAACUCUGCCCGACUUGGUCCGCCUAUGGACAGCUUUGA